UUUCAGGAAUCCACCACUAUGAUCAUCUUCUAACAUUAAUCUUUCUGCGACCAGCAACCAGGAGCGCUGGGAGGGCCUUUCAGCAUUUAAAGUGCUCAGCUGUCCCAAACACUCAUACACGGGCUGUGUGUGUGAGUGGGGCUGGGCUUGCAUUUAUUUCUCUUCCCAGUCUCCCACCUGUUGGAGCCUCAUUUGGAAAGCUGGGGCUUGUCAAAAACAGGAAGAAAGAAGAAUCUCUGAGAAGAAGAACCUCAGUUUUACGGUUCUGGUAGGACCCCAAACCUGUGUGGUGUACCAUGGCCCACUAUGAUUCGCUGGAUGACAAGGACUCUGUGGAUAUUCAUGACAACCCCCCUCUCCCGGAUAACGUGGUGAAAGAGGACGACAACAUGGUAUAUUUCAUCUACGACGAGGAGGUUGAAGAAGAGGAGCGAGACGAGCCGCCUCCUCUGGAAUCCAUCAAACCGAUCAACGACCGACCUCACAAGUUCAAAGAUCACUACUGCAAAAAGCCCAAGUUCUGUGACGUCUGCGCGCGCAUGAUAGUUUUGAACAACAAGUUUGCACUGCGCUGCAAGAACUGCAAAACCAGCAUCCACCACCAGUGUCAGUCCUAUGUGGAGUUCCAGAGGUGCUUUGGCAAAAUUCCUCCAGGUUUUAGGAGAGCAUACAGUUCUCCUCUUUACAGCAGCCAGCAGAAUGCGACCGUGUCUCAGCUGUUGCCCUUCUCGCAAUCGAAUCGCACCGACCCCGUGUUUGAGACGCUGCGCAUCGGCGUUAUAAUGGCCAACAAGGAGCGCAAAAAAGGCUCUGAGGACAAAAAGAACAUGAUCAUGAUGAUGGAGGAAGAUGAGUCCCAGCCCAAACAGGAGGACGGCAGCGGUGAAGGAGCUACCUCAGAGGGAGACAGGCGAGGAGGAGGAGGAGGAGGAGGAGGAGGAGACAAAGCUCUAGCAGAUGACAAGAGUAAAAAACCUCAGCCAGGGAAGAUUGGUGUGUUCAGCCAGUCUCAUUACUACCUGGCUUUGUACCGCUUUAAGGCCAUCGAGAAAGAUGACCUGGAUGUACACGCUGGCGACCGCAUCACAGUGAUCGAUGACUCCAAUGAGGAGUGGUGGAGGGGGAAGAUCGGCGAGAGGACAGGCUUCAUCCCGGCCAACUACAUCAUCAGAGUACGAGCCGGAGAGGGAGUCUACAAGGUGACACGCUCCUUUGUUGGCAACAGAGAGAUGGGACAGAUUACUCUGAAGAAAGACCAGAUUGUGGUGAAGAAAGGCGAGGAGGUAAACGGCUACCUGAAAGUCAGCACAGGACGCAAGCUGGGCUUCUUCCCUGCCAACUUGCUGCAGGAGAUAUGAGCGCUUGCACCCCGCCUACCUCGCCACAUCACCUGCUACAUGCUAAAACACUACUAUGCCACCACUUUGAGGGCUAAUUACUAGGGAUGCUCCGAUCAGGUUUUUAUGCUGCCGAUAACGAUAUCGAUCAUCCAUGAGUGAAAUCCACUGAUAUCGAUACUGCUACUGAUCACAUAGAUUAAGUGUAAAUUUUUAAAUAAAAAAAAAAACAUUUAUUUUCAUAGCUUAUUUCAAUCCAAACAAAGUGAAUAUGUUUGUUUUACCAGAACAUUCACAAAAUGAUGGCAUCCACUUUUUGUAUUUCAGAAUGUUUUCUUAGUGUUCUCACAUUAUUAACUGAAAACCUGAUUGAAAACCUGAUUGAUGUCAAUGUGGGGGGCUCCCUGGUGCCCGCGGGCACCACAUUGGUGACUCCUGGGCUAUAUUAUAUGACAGGGGAAACAUAAAUUUAGACAAAACUGUAUUUGACUUACUUUUACAAAAUCACUGGUGAAUCUUAGAGGAUCAGACGCCUUCUUUAAGGAGACUUUGGAUGCAAGGGAAGCUUGAUGGCACUCCAGCAGGACCCCUGGCAGUCGGCAAACCCGAUUUCCCCCUCCGCCGACGAGGGCCGGCCAUCCAGUCCAGAGGAUCCAACUACUGUUCGGGCUGUCACGGGCGCGUGUCCCGCGUUUUGGCUAAUUAGACAAUCACAUCGCAAGCCACGAAAACUCACCACACCCUUCAAAGUGCCCGCCCCUACAUGGCGCACCAAACUAAAGCUUUUUAAGGCGUGAUUUUCAGGGUGCAAAACUUAUAUCACUCUCACAACGACAGGAAGUCCAAUACGGCAGACAUGCUUGUUUUGGCUUUGUGAAGGGAAAGUGGACGGGAGACUGUCGCUAUACGCUGGCUGCUGCAACUGGGGUGUAGCUGAUCGGCGUUGAAAAGCGAGUACACUAAAUCCCCAACUAACGAACACAAUUAGUUCCAGACGACCGUUCUUAUGUCGAAUCGUUCUUAAGUCUAAUCAAAAUUAAUAUUACCAAUGAUAUAGGUACUACAUGUACGUGUAUACAUAUACAGUAUAUGUGUAUGUAUGUAAAUAUGAGUUUGGAUGCAGUAGUAAUAUUAAACGAGGAUAAUUAAUGAAGAAAACAAUAAAAAAAAAUGAUAUAAUAAUACGUAAUGAUAAAUGUUAUUUACCUUUGAAGAGGAGUGGUCGAGCAUACGUCGUUGGCGUGCUCCGAGAUGUUAUCAGCGACAAGUGCAGCGACGAAAUGAGAAAGAUCGCGUGAGAGGGAUGCUGCUACCCACCAUUCGUAGCGGCGGAAUGGCGCACAAUACAAAAAUAGCGCUUUUGUAUUUCAAAAAAAUUUAAAUGACAAAAUAUGGCAAUUUAAAAAAAAAAAUCAUGAAAAAAAUAGACCUGUCGGCUUGUGUUCGUAUCGGCGAGUGUUCGCACGUCGGGUGUUCGUUACUAGGGGACCUAGUGUAUCGGGAUAUGCCGAUACCAUGCUUUUUCACGGAAAUCGGCCGAUCGGUGGCCGAUCAAUUGGAGCACCCCUACUAAUUACACUUGUUUAUUAGGACAAUCAUACUUGAAGUUGACCAUCAUUAACCUUUAUUAGUUUGCUAUACUAACAUUACUUUAGCAGCUGUUUUAUCAGAACUGACGUGAACAGGAAACACUGGCUGCUUGUCAAGGUAGCGCUACACACUUUACUCCUGUUGGAGUUACAUUUCUUGUUUGGUACUGCCAAAUUCUCAUAUUGAUAACAAAUAUUAGUGUCACACUGAAAAGAAAAACAUGGUUAUAUAGCGAGAGUAAAUAUAACAAAGAAAUGUCAUUUCUGAAAAUAGUCAAACUAUAAGCUUUUAAUAUUAUUAGAAUAAAGUCAUACUAUUUACUUUUUACUUUACAAGAAUAUUGUGAGAAAAAGUUAAAAUUUUCCUUUUUUAAAGAUUAACGUUCGAAAACAGUAAUUUUUACACCAUAGAAUAGAUGUUUUUAUUAUUAUUUUACAGACAUUUGUAAUUUUCUGACAAUAUAAUUUUAAAAUUAGAAUAAAAUUGUAAUUUUACAAGAAUAGUAAGAUUAUAGGGGGGUGGACAAGUUUUUGUAUAGGAAGUGUUUAUGAAAAGCUGUAAUUUUACACAAAAAGGGCUGAAUAUUCCAAAAAUAGCUGGUAUAAAAUACAAUUUUAAUAUUUAUGAGAACAAAUAGAAAUUUUUCAAGAAUAAAGGCCAAAAUGUUCUAAUCUUACAAAAAGUUCAUUUUAUUUUAUAAGAUUAACUUGAACUUUGAGUUUUUAUUUUUAGCCCCCCCCCCAUAGGCGUAGUAGUACAAAAAUAGUUGUACAUUUAUGACAAUAAUAUCGUAACCUUUAUGAGAAUACCUUUACAAGAAUAAAGCUGAAAUUUGAUGUUAUGAGAAAAAAAUUCUAACUUUACAAGAAACGUUUUAUAAUUUUAAAAGAUAUUUUUUAAAACUAAUGAAUAAAUAGGUGGAAUAGUACAAAUAUUACACAAAAACAUUUUACAUCUCUGAGUUCAGCUUAUGAAAGAUGGGAGCAAAAACAAAACUGUUCUAUUUUUGUUGAGUGGAAAAAGGAAAUUGUUACGGCAGCAUAAUAGAAAAAGGAAAGAAGGACAAUAUUUAGGCCAGCAACACACUGCUUGAUACAUUCUACACGCUGUAUGUGUACUACUUUAUACAAUGUAUUAUACCGUAUCCACUAUAUGUGUACUAAGGUCAUGGCUGCAUAACUAGAGAGUCCAGAAUGUGCAGGAAUGUGACGAUCAGCCUCUAAAACAGAAGCAUUAUGAGAUAUUUGCUGAAGAAUGAUGUGUUACAGCAGUAUUUAGUCCGUGUGUGCUGUGAUUAGCAACAGGAAGUGAUGGGAAUGAGGAGAAUGGCAUCUGUCCUCCACGGGGUGGACACAUGCGCAUAUCUUUCCUAUUGUGUGUCCUGUCUGGCUUCUCUUUGGCUGUGCGGCCAUGUUUGGAUCCAGAUGAUGAGUUCCUGAGGCGUCAGCUGUCGUCUGAUUGGAGCACACAUAACCUCUACAGACACGGGUGACUUCCUCUUGGGAAACAACCGCCACUCUCGACGAGACUGAGGGACGAGGAGGAGGAUAUCACAGCCGUGUCAUGUUGUCCUGGCGACCUCCUCACCCCGCCAAAAAACCAGACAGGCCAACUGGAGAACCACCUUUACCUGUGAGGGGAAGCACAGCAAAGGUCAAAGCGUUUUUAUCAUGAUGUCUCACUGAACUUUGCAUGCAUUUUUCUUUUUCUCUGACUUUUUGUGCCACAAAAGAAGGAACAGCCUCCACAAGCACAAGGUACCAGGCGUCGACUGCUAGCAUUAGCCAUGGGCUAACAGUUAUAGUUAACUUAUUUUUACACUUGUGUGACGUCUUUAGAAUAUGACAAAUUGAGAUGAGAUGAAAUUACAUUUCUACAAAAAUAAAGAUGUAGUAUUACAAAAAUCAAGACAGAAAAAUAUGUAUGUUUAUGAAACUGGAAUAUGGUUUGACAGCUCCGCCCCUCUCUUUACUCGAGUGUCCAAAACAUGUGCGGCAAGUGUGACGACACGACCACAAAGUCGAUCCUCGAACUGCGGCCUUUUAAAAGAAAAUUUUAAAAGAAAAUGAGUUUGUUCUGAAAUUCGUGCCAUGAUGAACUUCCAGGGAUCAUUAUGAGGGAGUUUGGGAGCGAGUGACCUGAGAUCCUGCAACACUAGCGAGUCAUAUGACACUGUGGAGAGAAAAUGCCUAAAAAUGCCUUAAUAGUGUACUCACCCUUGUUGCCAGCGGUUUAGAGAUGAAUGGUUGUGUGUUGACUUAUUUUCAGGGGACAAUAACUCGCCACUGUUAACCACCAUGUUACAUUGCAUCAAAGUGUCCUUUUUGCAAUGUUGUCCCAAGACAAGAUAUCAUCAAAUAUUUGCAGAAAGGUGAAGGCUGUGCUCACUUUUGUGAGGCACUGUAAUAUUAGGAGAAAACCAGUUGCAUUUAAAAAUCCAUGUACUAUUCAUUGAGGAACAGAGACAAACCCCAGAAUAAAUAACCUCUUUUGGAAAUAAAAUACUCUUUAAAUAUCCUGAAUUCGCCAUUUUAAUUUGACCAAGAACUAUUAACUUGCAGAUAAUCCAAUAUAUCAUCCAGAUUGGUUCAUAUUUUUUAAGAUAAAUACGCUCACAAACAUAAAGCAUCGUGAUACAUUGAGCCGGUUGGCGUGCAAUGCUCCCCUACACCAGCAGAGGUCACUGCUACGCCAUAUCUGACUGACAUGAUGACCAAAUCAGGGACGUCACUAGAAUGGAAAGACCCUUUUAUUCACAUCAUUUUAAUCAAAUAACAACUUGCAUUAUUAUUUGCUUCAUCCGUCUUUUUUGUCAAAUGUUUGUAGGUUGAAACCGUCAGUGUGUGUGUAUAUAUAUGUAUAGUGUAUGUGUAUGUAUACAUUUGGAUGUGUGUGUGUGUCUAUACUGUAUAUAUAUAUAUAUGUAACCCGUCCUGUUUCCGUUACAUAUAUACUGUAUAUCUCGAGUUAAAGUUCCUGUUCUAUGGUUAUCAUCUUUGCCAUUAUCCGUGCACUUCACACACAUUUACUAAAUAAGGGGGGGCUAAAUAGCUGCAGAGAAGCCUGCAGGGUUGGAACCAAUUAGGCCAAGAGAGACACCC